AUGGCGAACUCCAAGGGACCAUCUAGCGUUCGAAGCACAUUAUACAAUGGGAAGAAUUCCUUGCUCCCUCCUAAAAGUCCAUUUCCCAGCAUAUCUCCAUCCUACACCGAAUACAUCCCCACUUCAACAAUCGGUCCAAAAACCCUUCCAAAGCACAGAGACCAAAAUUCACACCACCAGCGUACCUCCUCCGAAAGCUUCUUGAUAGAUGAGCAGCCUUCCUGGCUCGACGAGCUUCUGGACGAGCCCGAAACCCCCGUCCGAAAAGGAGGCCACCGCCGCUCAUCGAGCGACUCGUUCGCAUAUAUGGAUAUGUUUAAUGCAGGAGGCACGAAUUACAUGGCUCGAGAUGAUCCUAACAGGUACAAGAAUGUGAUGGGAGCCCCAUUGUCCCAGUGGGGGUCUCAAGACUUUGAUAUUUACAGGGACGCGAGGCAGCAGAAUAGUUUCUAUGUGAAUUCAAAUCAGUUCGGCAGAACUAGGAAUAAGCUGUGGGACCCGCCCGGUAUAUCUGGGCUUCCGCGCGGGAUUCCUUCGCCUAAGGGCAAUAGUACAGUCAUCCAGAAUGUGGGGUUGUUGAGCACAUUGCAGAAUGCAGAUAAGAAGAAUGUAUCUCUUCCACCUGAAAAGAAGGAAGCGGUAGAGCCCGGUCACCAGGAUCCAAAGGGGCCCGCUGAGAAAAAGGAGGCCAUGCAUGGGAAGUCAUCGGAGACAGACAAUAAACGUGCCAAACAGCAAUUUGCUCAGCGUUCACGGGUCCGGAAGCUCCAGUACAUAGCUGAACUUGAAAGAAAUGUGCAAGCCUUACAGGCAGACGGUUCUGAAGCUUCUGCUGAACUCGAAUUCAUCAACCAGCAAAAUCUCAUUCUGAACAUGGAGAACAAAGCCCUGAAGCAACGGCUAGAGAGUUUAGCUCAGGAGCAGCUUAUCAAGUAUUUGGAGCACGAAGUACUCGAGAGGGAAGUAUCAAGGCUAAGGAACUUAUACCAGCAGCAUCAACAGCUGCCGCCACAUCAGCCCCAGACGAGUUCCGCACACCGACGUGCAAAUAGCCGAGAUCUCGACCAGCAAUUUUUGAACCUCUCUCUGAAGAACAAGGAAGCCACUGCUGCCAGUCGUGAUUCAGUCUCUGGUCAACCACUUCACAUGUAG